AUGAAAUAUUUAUUUAUUUCCUUAUUGUUGUACUAUAACUUAAUCUUCUAUAUAUAUUGUGUUUCAAAAAAUGCAUAUAAUAUAAAAGAGAAAAAAAGGUGGGAAUGUAUAUUCCCCAUAAAUCAUCAAAGUAAUAAUAACACAAAAUCCCUUUUUAUGAAUAAAUAUUUGCAUAGAAAAAGGAAACAUACUAGUACUUUACCAUUCAUCAAAACGUAUGACAAUUUAAAAAAUAAAAACAAAAAUGAUGUAGUAAAGAUAUCAUAUUAUUCUAUAAAUAAUAAUAAAAAAAUAUAUAAUAAAAUACACACAAAUAUUCUUUUCAUGAAUAAUAAUAAUAAAGAGCAUAUCCAAGAUAGUAAUACCAAUAUGUUGUUAAGCAUAUAUAAAAAAAUAUCAGAAGAUGAAAAAACCAAAAAUAGCCUACUUAGCGAUAUAUCAAAAUUAUUCAAAAUUGUAAAAGAAAGCAAAUUAUUAUUUCUAACUGGAUUUUUAUUAACAACCUUGUCAGCAAUUGUCGAUUCAUACAUUCCAAUUUUUCUAUCCAAAACUGUAUCUUUUGUAAUGGAAAAAAGAAUUUUUACAAUUAUUAAAAUACACAAACCAAAUUUAUCAUUUGUAAAAGAUUUAAUAGAAUAUCUCAAAUUUUGUAGUAGUAACCCUUUCCAUAUGUAUGUAUUAAUAUCUGUUAUAAGCUUAUUAUUUUCUUCCUUUCGUUCAUAUAUUUUUAAUGUGUGCGCAUAUGUAAGCACAAAUAAUUUACAAAAAUUUCUUUUCAAUGUAUUAUUACAUAAAAAUAUUAACUAUUUUAAGAAAAAAGGAAAAGGAGAAUUAAUAAGUAGACUUAAUAUUGAUUCAUCUGAAUUAAUUGAUAUUUUUACAACAAACAUAAUUGUAUUAUUUCGAAAUAUGAUAAAAAUGGCUUUGUCAUUUUAUUUCUUAUAUAAAAUUAACGUACAUUUAUUUAUUGUUUCUUUAUUUAUUGUUUUUAUAAUUUCAAAUAUAUCCAUUUUUUUUUCUAAUAUAUUUCGUAAGCUAGCCAAAGAAGAAAGUAAUGUAGUUGCUCAGUCAAAUAAUAUUGUAGAAGAAUCAAUUUACAAUUUUUCACUUAUAAGUGCCUUUAAUACACAUAACAAGGAAAUAAAAAAAUAUAAUAAUUCAUUAGAUACUAUUUAUAUGUCUAGGAUGAAAUUAGGGCUAUUAUAUAUUAUAGAGAAGUUUUUUAUACGUAUAAUAGAUAUGAUGACAUUUAUAUUAACCUUAAUUUUAAGUAAAAAAACGUUAAUGUAUAAUCUAAAUACAGAUACAAGAACGAUAAUUUCGUCUGUUAUAUAUAUGCAAAAUAUAAUUGCCCAAUCAUGUACGAUAGAGCAACAAUAUUCUAGGGUUCAAGAACUUAUAGGUAAUGCAGAAGAUGUUAUAAAAUUAAUAGAAAAGGACAAUAUGCGCAACAAUAAUAAUAAUAAUAAUAAUACCAAAUUGGUAUCUUCCAAAUAUAAUUUCUUUUCUAUUCUUUUUAAUAUAACCGAUAUGAAAAAUUUUAUAUUUAAACAUUCCCUUUUGAAAAAAUUUCAAACCAUACAAAACAAUUCUGAUUAUGUUUUCAAUAUAAUUAAACCGAAUUAUCUAAAAUUAUUUGAAAGAAACUAUAACAAUUUAAUUAAAUUAUUUUUCAAUGAGAAGCAUUUUAAUCAAUGCGAUGAGAACCUUUUCAAAAAUGUAUCAACUGAUAAUAUAAAUAAUAUUGAUAUGAAUCAAAAAAAAGAGGAAACAAAUAAAACAAAUGAUUACCAAAAUUUUAUAAGUAACAAACAAGUGUAUCACAAUAAAACAACGGACUAUACUUUAAAAAAAAAAAAUCAAGAUAAUUCAAUUUAUUAUAAUACACCAAAUAAUAAUGUUCAAAUGAAACAUGUAUCACCUGAACAUUCAUUUAGUAAAUCAGAAAAUUUUCAAAAUAAGUUAAAAAAAAAGAUACAAGAAAUAAAUAUGCAAGAUGUAUACCAAUUUAUUAAAAAUGAUCAUGAACUUAUUAUCAAAUAUAAAUUAGAUCGAAAAUUUAUAAAAUUCUUAAAGACAAAUUAUAAAAAAAAUAUCAUAUUAUUUAUCUUAAAAUUAUAUAAAGAAAGUAAUAAUUCAGUAUCAGAUGAUUUUCUAUUCCUUUUUGAUAACAUUAGUUCAUUUAAAAAUUUAUCAAUCAAAGACAAAAAGAGCAUCCUAAAAAUGAGUAAUAUAACAAAUAAAACAAUAUAUGUUAUUUUGCUUACCUUUCUAUUUUAUAAUUAUUCCAAGAUUUAUUACAAGAGGCAGAAAAAAAAAAAUUUCAUAAAUUUUAUUGAAAAAAAAAUAAAAUGUUAA